AUGCCGUUUAAAUUUUAUUUAAAAAAAAGCCGCCAAUAUAACGUUGUUUCUAAAAAUCAAUAUGUAAUUUGUAUUGAACUGCUGGACUCAACAUCUAUAGAAUGCACUUUAAGUGUUGACAGCCUUGGUCAGGAAUGUUUGACUAAUGUAACACAAAGACUUGGUCUAGGUCAACCAGAAUUUUUUGGCUUAUGUUAUGUUUGUAGACAUGGUACACCAUCUCCUCGGUGGAUAGAUAUGGAUAAACCAUUGAAAAAACAAUUAGAAAAGGAUGCCAAAGGUUUUAAUUUAUAUUUGAGAGUUAUGUUUUAUAUUACAGAUGUUCAAUUUAUUCAAGAAGAAAUGACAAGAUAUCAUUAUUAUCUUCAUUUAAAAAGUGAUAUUUUAGAAGAUAGAAUACAUUGUCAUCCUCAUCAAGCUACUGUUUUGGCAAGUUAUUCUAUGCAAGCCGAGUUUGGCAAUUAUGAUGUAGAACGGCACCAACCUGAAUUUCUUCAACAGUAUACAUUUUUUCCAAAAUCAGUUAUCGAAGCUGAACCAGAUGGACAAAAAGUACUUUUAAAUAGUUCGUUAUGUCAGUAUAAAAUGAUAGCUGGAGUUACACAAGCAGCUGCUGAAGAAUAUUAUAUUACGAUGGUUAUGCAAUUAGAAGGAUAUGGACAUGAAACAUUUUCUGCUAAGGAUGAAAGUAAUAGUGAAGUGGUUCUUGGUAUUUCUAUUAAUGGAAUUAUGGUCUGCAAUCCAAGUACACAAGCCACACAUUUUUAUAGAUGGAAAGAUAUAAGUAAUGUUAUAAAUCAUAAAAAAAUAUUCAGAAUAGAAUGCCAAACAGAAAUAGAAUAUGCAAAACAAUUUACUUUUCGAGAGUCACGUAAUGCAAAAUAUGUGUGGCGAUUAUGUAUAGCCCAACAUACAUUUUACAUGCAGCAUCAACAAAUACAACCUCCAGAGCGACUGACAAACAGCUAUUUUGAUAAUGAUAUUAAUGAUUCAAGUGAACAAACUCCCUCUGUUAAUUUGGAUACUAAUGGAGUUGAAGACUACACUCAUUGGACAAGUUACAAUGACCUUUCAACUUCACCAUGUCCAGUUGUAUCAGUUUCUACUACAGACAUUAAUAAUUUACGUGCCUUAUUACCUUCAUAUAGACAAGCGCCAGAUUAUGAGACUGCUAUACAAAUGAAAUAUAAUAAUAAUGCAAAUAACUCACAACCUUAUUAUGCUAAUCAAUCUACAAUUGUCGGAGCAGAUUUAUGCUUGAUUGGUAAUGUUGUGAAUCACAACAGAUAUUAAUUAUAGAAGUUUAAGAAAUCAGUUACACUUGUAAUUAUGCAAUACACCUUAAAAUUCUGAUUAUUUACGCAUUAUAAAGAAAUUAUUUAUAAAAUA